CAGAGUCGGUGCGGGGCGUGGGAUUUAUCUUUCCGAUCACAACGUGCCGCUGUGCGUGGUCCAGCGAGGACUGGGACCUUUGGACUGGACCUGGUCCGAGAACUUUAAAAACUUCUCCCAGCGCGCGCACUGGACUCUUUGGAGAGGUUUUUACGCACGCAUGCGCCCCUUUCCUUUUUUGUUUUUUUUUUUUAAAUGAGAAAGUUUGGAGCCGGCAGCGGUGACUUGACCCCCCCAGCGGUGAUCGAGUGUCACGGGAGGAGGAGGAGGAGGAGGAGGAGGAUGCUGCUGCUGGGAGAAUAUCUUCUCUGUGACGGACUGUAAAUCGAAGCGGAGGUGAAGCCAGGACUCGGUGUCUCCAGAUCCCGCGGCCCCGGGGGGCUCCUGGCAUAAACCCGCGCUUGACCCGGGAUAAGUUGACAACAAGAGCCGAGGAGCGGACACCCACUGGCAGGUGUACAAGUUCAUUUACAUGUCCACGUAAAUUCACGCCGCUAAAUAUAGCAGCCGGACGAGCAGCCUUAAUAAGUUCCUCCACCCACUCGCCGGGCCCCACGCACCGGGCGUGUGCGUGACUCUCUCUCUCUGUCUAUAUAUAUACAUAUACACACACACACACACCAUACAGGCUUUUAUUCCUGCCCGCAACCUGUAUCCCCGAGGGGCGCCCGCCGUCGGUUCGGCUGUGAGAGCGGGAGUCGUCGCAUGGACUGACAUGGCCACCGACCUCGCCAUGAGCGCAGAGCUGCCCAACAGCCCGCUGGCCAUCGAGUACGUCAACGACUUCGACCUGAUGAAGUUUGAGGUGAAGAAGGAGCCGCCGGAGGCCGAGCGCUACUGCCACCGGCUUCCCUCCGGCUCCCUGUCCUCCACCCCCAUCAGCACGCCCUGCUCCUCCGUGCCUUCCUCGCCCAGCUUCUGCGCGCCCAGCCCGGGGGUGCAGCCGAGCCAGAGCCUGAGCAGCGGGGUCACCAGCACCGGCGGCGGCAGCAGCAGCAACAACAGCAGCGGAAACACCAAUCACAACACUGCAGGGAAGCCUCCUCUGGAGGACCUGUACUGGAUCCCCAGCUACCAGCACCACAUCAACCCGGAGGCGCUCAACCUCACCCCGGAGGACGCGGUGGAGGCCCUGAUCGGGAACGCGCACCACCACCACCACCACCACCAGGCCUACGAGGGCUUCCGCGGCCAGCAGUACGUCGGCGAGGACCUGUCCGCGGCCUCGGCGGCGCACCACCACCAGCCGCACCACCACCACCACCAUCACCACCACCACCACGCCCGGCUCGAGGACCGCUUCUCCGACGAGCAGCUGGUGAGCAUGACGGUGCGGGAGCUGAACCGGCAACUGCGCGGCUUCAGCAAGGAGGAGGUGAUCCGCCUGAAGCAGAAGAGACGCACCCUGAAGAACCGAGGCUACGCGCAGUCCUGCCGCUUCAAGCGCGUCCAGCAGAGACACAUGCUGGAGACGGAGAAGUGCACCCUGCAGAACCAGGUGGAGCAGCUGAAGCAGGACGUGGCUCGGCUCGCCAAAGAGCGGGACCUAUACAAGGAGAAGUACGAGAAGCUGGCCAGCCGGACCUACAACCCCGGCGCCAGAGAUCAGUCUGCGAAGCAGGCCGAGUUCUUCAUGUGAAGACCCUCUCUCGACUCCUCAUUUACAAAAAAAAUAACAAUAGUAAAUGAAAAAAAAAAAAUAUUUUGGCGCGCACGGAAAUAAUCCUCGUGCGCAUUUCGAGUCUUAAACAUCUGAUAUGGGAUCACUCCUUUUUCUUCUUCCUCUGGUCCAGAAGUCUUAACUUGUCUUAAAAGAAAGAGAGCGGAUGAGAGGUGUUUCUUUUUGAAGGAGGCCAUGUUCACGCGCACAGACUUUUGUGUGACUCUAGCUUCCCCCCUCACACACACACACACACACUUUUACAAACCCUGCAUGCAGGACAUGUACGGUACCUCCUGUCAUCUGUAUGGAAAGCAUGGCCCGGUUCUCUCCUCCCUCCGUCCUUCCAUCAUCCAGUACAGGCCUGCGACACCCCCCUGCUCAUGAAACUUUUCAAUCAGAACUUUUAUAUGAUUUAGAAAGAGAUAACCUGAGCCAGAUUAAGACUGUAUUUAUUUCCACAUGUACAUAUGUGUAGAGCUGUUCUUUUUUUCUGUUGCUCAUGUCUUAAAUAUUUGUAUGUUACAGCAUGCAAAUCUAUCUAUCCUCCUCUCGGCUGUCCAACUAACAAGAGAUCAAACUCGUUUUCUACUUGGUGUCGGACACUGCUGAGUUGUGAAACAACCCGGAUGUACAUUUUGGAUGAAGACUGGACUCGCUGCUAAACUCUAUGCACCGUUUUGGUUUCAUUUUUUAUAUAUGCACAUAUAUAUAUUUGGCGGAAUCAUGCGGCCUGUUGGUGAAAUUCAAUGCUCGAUUGUUUUCAGGAAUUAUCGCUCUGUGAAAAAGAAAUCCCUGAUUCGUGUGUUCUUUUAUUCUGCUGCCUGGAUACAUGUGCAAUAUUGUGCAGAAGGAAGCCACUUGUUGAUGGCGUCUGGGGAAUUUUGAAUCAAACAUGCGUUUUUGAAAAGCAAAUUCAAUUCGAUAGAAAUGUUUUUAAUCUGCUUUAAUUUGAAUGUUCGUUUUACACAGGGGGGUAUUUUCUUGCGCCAUAAUUUCCCUCCAAAAAUACCUUUUGAAAAUAACUUUUCAUCCGUGAAAAAUCGUAUUUCCCGCGAAUUAUUAUUAUUGUCAUUAUCCUGGCACUUUCGAAAAAAAAAAAAACAUUUUACUGAUUCAUAUUUAAAUCAAAUGUAUUGUAAGUUCAGCUUCAAAAAUAUGUCAAACAUUUGACGCUCGUUCGUUGUGUUUACCGCAGCACGUUUGCUGGAUGAUGAGGCCUAACUCCUUUAUUUUUGUAUGUAUUUAUUCUUGUUUGUUUUGUGUUUUAAGAAAUUAACUAUAAUUUAAAAUUAAUAACUUUUUUUAAGCAUAAAAACUUAAAGGCAUUUGUUGAUUUUUUUUAUUCAGGCGAGCGUUUGCGUUCAAAUGUGAAGUCCAAAAAUCACUCCGAUUGGGUCGAAACUUCUGCACAGUGCUGUCGAUGUAUAUCUGUACAUAUGAUUUCUAUAUUUAUUCGAUGAACGUGUCAACAUGUGAACAAACAGUGGAGCGUUGUUGAGAAUCUUGUUUUCAUAAUGUUUA